AUGCAAUUGAAUCAUCUUUUGUUAUCUGCACUAAUCAGUGUAGCCUCCGCUGCUAACACUACAGUCCCAGAUGUUCCAUCUUCCUGUAGUUUCACCACUACCACUGCCACUGCUCAGUCCGACUUGGACAAGCUGGCCGGCUGUGAGAACAUUGUCGGUGACGUCGUCAUCAGUGGUUCUCUAGGUAACGCUGCCCUGGCCAACGUCAAAGCCAUCUACGGUUCUUUCAAAGUCAACAACGCUACCUCUCUAAACAACUUGGCUGCCGACAGCCUGCAGAAGGUCACCGGUACCCUGGCUCUGCAAAGCUUGACCAUCCUGACCUCUGCUUCUUUCGGUUCCCUAGAGGAGGUCGACACCAUCAACCUGAUCACUUUGCCAGCCAUCUCCACUUUCUCUUCAAACUUGAAGUCCGCUAACAAUAUCCUGAUCUCAGACACCUCUCUGGAGUCCAUCGACGGUUUCUCCGACUUGGAAGAAGUCGCCGUCUUCAACAUCAACAACAACAGAUACUUGACCUCUUUGAAGUCUAGCGUCAAGACAGUCAGUGACUCUCUACAAUUCUCUUUCAACGGUGACCAGUCCUCUUUGACCUUCGACGACUUGCUAUGGGCUAACAACAUUACCUUGAGAGACGUCGACGAAGUCUCUUUCAAGAAGUUGGAAUCCGUCAACUCCUCCUUGGGUUUCAUCAACAACUCCAUCUCCUCCUUGUCCGUUGACAACUUGAAGUCCGUCGGCCAAUCCUUCAGCAUUGUCUCCAACGAUGACUUGACCUCCGUCUCCUUCGCUAACUUGUCCACCAUCGGCGGUGCCCUUGUGGUCGCCAACAACACCAACUUGAAGGACUUGAGCACUUUCAAGAACGUCCAAACCAUCGGCGGUGCCUUGAUCGUCACCGGUAACUUCACAACUCUGGACAUGAGCUCCUUGAAGUCAGUCAGAGGUGGUGCCGACAUCGAAACCAAGGCCGGUAACUUCUCCUGUGACCCAUUCAAGAAGUUACAAAGCAAGGGUGGUAUCCAAGGUGACAACUUCGUUUGCAAGAACGGUGCCACUUCCACUUCCAUUAGCUUGACCUCCAGAUCCUCCUCCGCUUCCCAAUCCUCUUCUUCUCAAAGAGCCUCCGCUACUGCCUCCGGUAACUCCUCAAACUCUGCCUCCACUGCUGCUUCCACUUCUUCCGCUAACAAGCAGAAGUCCAAGGGUGCUGCCGCUGGUCUUGCCGACUCCUUCCAAGGCUCUUCCUUAAUGGGCGCUUUGGCUGCCGUUGCUUUGGCUCUAAUAUAG